AUGCGAACAAUACUGACCCCCAAUCUUUUGGAUCCGGACCUGUGGAAUUUGCCCACGGCCGAUCCUAGCGCCACGAUGGAGCCCACCGCAAGGCCGGGCCCCGGCCCGGCACCCGGCGACGAUCACCACUCGCCGCCGCAGGAGGAUCCGGACAUCGUCCCAGCCAGGCCCCGCGACGAACACGACGAUGACGAGUUCCCGGUGACCGACGGCUACAAGACGGCGUCGCCGACCGGGUCGACGAGUGUGACGUCGAGCAUCUACGCGCACAGGCACAGGCGAUGCGGCGAAGUGCUUUGUGACGACGGCACAAUGCUCGAGGACGACUCCGUGAAGCAUCUGUACGAGGUCGCGCGCCAGGCCUUUUCGCAGAUUGGCAUGAACUGCAUCGUGAAGAAGGUGCUUAUUGGCCCUUGGGCCGUCGACAAGACGGUGCGCGUCGUCGGCAUGUACCAGCAGGUUGCUGUGCAGGACUUGAUGUCCUCCCUCGCCGCCGGGCUCUUCGCCGCGCUGGGCAUGUCGUAA